GUAAAGGCGGAGCAGUCCGGGGGCGCCCCUCAUUCCCGGCCAGGAGCAGAGCCGAGUCCCGUCCGUCCCUCAGUCCCAUCCCUCCGGCCUCACAGUCCCUUCCGUCCAUCCCUCCGGACCCCCAGUAACCCCCGGAUUGCCGCACUAUGUGGAGGGACUGAGCCCGUCCGGCACGAGUCUCACAUUGAGGAGCGGCGCGAGUUGUGGCCCCCGGAUUUGGCCCCCGGCUGUCCGGACUCGGGAGGGGACCCCGCAGAUCACUAUGGGGGGCGUCACUAGGAACCUGGCCACCCUUCUCAUGCUGCUGUGCUACAAGGUGGUGACCGGUGAGGUGUGCAAGAGCGGAAUGUUCACCCUGGCGGACGUGUGCUGCACUGAGUGCCCGCUGGGCUCCGGGAUGUUUCUGCCAUGUGGAGCUGCCAACGCCAACUGUGAUCAAUGCAACAAUUCCACCUUACCGAAGAUUAACUUGGCCCCGGAUCUCUGCCGGCCACGUUGCCCCAUUGGCCAAUACCUGCACUACGAAGAUGACGGCAGCAGCCAAUGCCUUGCCUGUCGGGUGUGCGGGAAAGGUUUUGGUGUAAAGAGGAACUGCUCUGGAACAGAGAACACGGAAUGCCAGCAGUGCCCCAAAGGCUUCUACUCCGAGGUGAAGAGCAGUGUGUCGCCAUGUUUUCUGUGCCGGACGGAGUGCAAAGAGAAUGAGGUGCAGAUUAGCGACUGUAUGGAACAUCACGACAUUCUGUGUAUGGAUAAAGACGUUCCAAUUCUAAAGCGUACAGAAGGCGAAACGCGCAGGGACGAGAAUGGCACGUCAUUGGAUGACCCGAACUUGAUCCCACCUGAGUACAGCAGCAGGAAUACCACCCUGAUCUACUGCUCCAUCCUUGCCGCCGUGGUGGUCGGUCUCAUCAGCUACGUAGCUUUCAAAUGCUACACCACCUGCAAGCAGAAGAAGCUGUUGGCAAAAGCUCGUGCCAACGAACUGGCGGCAUCCGGCGAGGGCGAAAAACUGCACAGCGACAGCGGCGUUUUCCUGGACACGCACAGCCUGCAGGAGCAAAACCAGCUGAACAAAGCCAAACUGGAGCCAAAACUCUACGUCAACCUCCCGCCGCAGAAGCAGGAAGAGGUGGAGCGCCUGUUGGCAGACACCAGCCGCGGGAAAGACUGGCAGCGCCUGGCCAGCUUGUUGGGCUACGAGGAAGACACUAUAGACGCCUUCUCCAGAGGGGAGGAUCCCGUCCACACCCUUCUCACCGAUUGGUCCUCAAAGGACAGCUCCACCCUGGAAGUCCUAUGCGCAGCCUUGGUCAACAUGGAGCGGGCGGAUGUGGUAGAGAAUCUGAACAGCACAAGCGAUGCCAGCUCUGUGGUGUAACGACGGGCAGCUCUCCGACCAGACAGGACUGGGUUAUAGAAACCAAAAAUUGCCAACGGACUACUUUUUAUAAAGCGUUAGGAGAUGGGGGAGGGGCCUGAUUCAACGGCAUCCAAAAAGCGGGUGGCUGGAAACUGGUGUGGUUUAGGAAAUACACUUGAAAGUUUUUUUUUUAGGGGGGGAGUUGGCUAUAAACCUUGUUGGCUUUUUUUUUGCGUUCUUGAAGACUUUGGACACCCAAGAACUUUGGUUUGAUGGACAAUGAACGGAUGAUGGACCUCUUUUAUCCAAGCCACGUUGGCAGCUCGGAGGCCUUUUUAUACAGGAUUU